UGCCAAGGGGGGGGGGGGGUAGGCAAGAGGGUCAGUCUGUUCUACCCCCCUCCAGCCAUGGCAGAUGAUUGCGAGUUAGGCGUGUGUUUGAGGGGUGUGUAUGGAGCAUGUGGGGUUAGAAUGAUUAGCUCCACGUGAGAAGUGUUGUAGCUCGGUCUUGCCGGAAUCAAAGUUAAGGCCCUCUCUUGCCCCCCAGUGCCUGAGUUCCUCAGUGCAGUGCAGUUUUCUUCCAAGGAGGGAGAGGCCACUAGUUGGCAGAUAUCAUCAGCAUAUCCAAAGCGGCCGCGGCGGGCGCGUACGGAGCCUUAUUUGAAAAUGGGCUCAAUAAAAAGCAUAAAGAGGAUGGGGGAUAUUGAAGAGCCUCGUGGGAGACCUACUAGAACCUCAAAUGUCUGGCUCAUGUGGUUCCCUAGGCGCAGGCUGGCUGCUCGAUCCUGGGUGAAGCUAGUUACCCAUCGGACCACAUUGGUAGGCCAGCCCUGCUCUCGGAGCCGUCCAAUCAGUCGCCCUAAAAAGACAGCAUCAAAGGCGCCUUGCACAUCCAGUGUGAGCAUAGAGGCCUUCAGACCCCGUGCCCAAGCUUCCUCAACAUCAUGAACCAGUGCCGCAGUUAGGUCUGUGGCGGAACGGAGUGGGAGGGCACCAAACUGUUGUGGCUGAAGGACCUUAUACUUGAUAGCUAUCCAAAAGGGCCGUGGGUAUUUACUGAACAGUCUGAUUAGUUUGUACAGAUAUCAUGUGAUACAGGAAUCGUAGAAGGACAUGCAUUCAGCUAGUUAUGACCUGAGGCACUAAAUAACAGUAAGACCACGACUACUGUCUCAGGCUUUCAAAUAAUCCCUUUAAAGUAUCCCUCGAAACUAUCCCACCGCUCUCAGACAUAUCUAUCUCAAGGAAUCCUCUAGCUAACGC